AUGCCUCCCAAGAAGAAACAUCGCAAUGCUCUCCGUGGAUCCUCGAAGAUGGCUCGUCUACAAACUGGAUCUAAGCCAUCAAUCUCCGUUAACUCCUUGAAGAAGAAGUCUCCAAUCGCCGGUGCCGCAAGGCCCGAUGCUGAAACUGUCACGGAAGUGACCGUAGAGACUUCCUCUCCGGUUAUUACGGAUAAAGAAAAUGAAACCCAAGCGGUUUCCCUUUCACAAAGUCCCGACUUGUCUGUUCUCCCUUCGGACAUUCAGACGGUUAAAGAAGAUAUUACUCCUGCAACUAGUGGGGAGACGGUCAAGAAGCUUAGGACGGUCGUCGGAAGGUCUAGAUAA